CCCCGCCACUUCAACGUGUCCAAAGAGGCUGUCUACGUGGCGCCCGAGGCGAUGCCGUGGGGGACCCACGCUUACAUAAUCAACGCGAGGCAGGCCGAGCGCAUGGCGCUGACGGCUGAGUUGAUGGUGGCGCGGGCACGCCAUCCCACGGACGACUUCCACACAACUGCCUGGCAGCUGGACGGCGAGGAUAUAAAGAUUGACCACUACUUGAGCAUCUACUAUUCCGACCUCACCCCCAAGAACGACCGCCGAAGGUGGGUGGUGUUUGACUCGCCGGCGAAGGAGCCGUUCCGUUACGGGAACGUCAGCUGGGCCCGUAAUGGGGGCUGCCAGUGCAGCUGCGCCAACAUGGCGGCAUGUGCCGCGGAGGGCCGCGCACCUGCCUGGGGCAUGGGGUUAGUCGCGCAGCACACCUGCCGGGAGCAGGUCGACCGCGUGCCCGUCUGGCAUCAGGAGAUGGCGAGGCUGGAGGCUGCGGGCAAGGUGCAGCACUGCAGCGAGCUGAGGGCGUGCGGGAGCUUUGUGUGCGAGUACGAGACUCUGUACACGGACGACGGGGAGCCUAUGGAAAUAGAGGAAUUGGAAGAGGAAGAGCAGGAGGGUGGGGAAGAAAACAAGGAAGGCAGCUGAGAGGGUCAAGCAGUCCGCAUGUUUGAUUGCAAAGUGCAUAAUGACAAUUGUUGUCAUGCGUAAAGACGUGAUCAGCUGACUGCUGUGCGCAAAGCAGCUGCACAGGCAUCUGCACUGAGAUAUCUGAUCGAUCACUUGACAUUUUGGGCAGCUGCGCCUUUGACAGAGCCUCGGUGAGACUUUUAACGAGCUCGUUGGCAUGGAUGUAGUGUGACACUGGCAGUGGGUACUAUAGUAGUACUACGGCUGAACUGGGUGGUCCUUUCACAAAUGAUUUGAGCCACCUCUGGUACUUGGCAGCUAGAAAUUGAGGGUAAACACAUUGCUGAUUCAAAAGUUGCUUGCAUGGCAUGCAAAAUUAUCAACUGCAAAUCUA